CACAGCCACUGAACAAAUGAGAAGCCAUCUUCUUCAUCCAUUUCCGACCACCACCACCACCGCUAGUCUCUUCCACACUUCUUCUUCUUCGCCGUCGCACUCCGGCUCCACCAACCUCCUCCGCUUCUCGCGGCGCCCUUCCGCCGGCGCUCUUCCCCGACGGGACUCCAAUGCCGAGCCCGUCCCCGGCGGACGCUCCGCGUUCGGCCUCGGCAGUGAGUUCGACGACGAUUACGACGCCGACGACGGCGGCGGCGGCGGCGGGUUCGGGUUCGACGGCGCGAGGAAGCAGAGGGUCUGGUGGUCUGGGUACGACGACGAUGAAGGCGACGGCGGCUUGGAGUUCGAUGGGGACGAGGAGUUUUGGGGUUUCAAGGUUUUACGAGCGUUUGGGUGGAUGUUUCCGGCCAUUGCCAUAUCAUUGCUCCUAGGCACUGGUCCAAAUGCGUUCAUAAUGGCCUUAGCAGUUCCAUUGGGACAGACAUUGCUGUCCCUGGCAUUUGAGAAAGUGUGGGGAGAGACGAGCGAAAGAGAUAGCUGGAAACCUCGUACCCGGGCUAAAACCAAGAAAAAACCAUUUGUGAAUCCCAGAGGCGAAGGCCGAAAAAGCGGAGGGAAACAAGAAAAUGGUUCUGCCCAUGGGAGGAAUGCUUAUCAGUCGUGGGCAACAACAGAUGGUUCAUAUAGCAAGGCAGGCAGCGGAGGUAGGCCGAGAUUUGGUGGAUGGGACGAACUCGAUGAGAAAGCAGGGACACGAGAGGUUCCUAAGAGUGAAAGGAGUCAAAAGCCAUACGUGCCGUCGAAGCGAUCAAAGCAGUCAAAGAAAGGAAAGUUUAGUAGGAUAGGAAGGGUAAGGGAAACGCCAUUGCUGGUGCGGCUUCUUAUUGCUGCAUUUCCAUUUUUGGGCUUCUGGACGAAGUUACUCUUUUAAUUGGGUGAAAACUCAAAGCUGGAGAUACUCCAACGUCCUUGCUUGCUUAUUAUGGCUGGAGAGAAUGGCCUAUCUGUGCAAGUCAAAUAAUUGGCAUUUUCAUCUGAGCAACGCUUGGGUCAUUGGUCGACACAAAAGCUUCCAUUCAUAUACAUGUACUAGAUAAAUGUCAGUGAUAAAGAUUUCGAUGGAACAACAGAUCCCAAGGGAAUUGUGACCGACUACUUUUGAUUCUGGAGCAAAGAGACAGAAUGCGUCGUUGGAUUUGUCUUUUGAGUAAUAGCCACCAAGUCAGUAUACAAAAGGAGACAUUGAUUUGUAAGUAGCUCAAGACAGAGGCAUGUGGAAGAGUUUCGGAGGAGGAUUUCAUGGAAGGGCUUUGGCUUUUCCUUGUUAAUGAGUGCAGAGAGUAGAGAUUAGAGAUUAGAAAUACUGCACUAUUAUGUAUGCACACGACACUGUAGAGGUUGGAAAAGAGUUACAAUAAUGUUCUUCUCCAGAACUCCUAGACUGCUUAAAAACAAAAUUGUGCGGAGAAGAUGAUUAAGGAAAUGAAUAACUCCAGUAGCCGCGGUCAAUGCAUUGGAAACACCUAUUGUCAACCUUAUCAUUGCUGGAGUGUUAAGCUUCAGGAACGAAGCAAAGCUACAGUACUUGAUAGAUUAAGAAUAUGCAAACUGGCAUUCUCAUCUAUGUAAGAAGGUCGUUCCAUUUGCCUA